AUGCGCGAUGUCCUACGUGUAACGCAGGCCGAGUAUGAGGCUUACAGUCACCACUUGCUUGCUUUCCUCGGGGAGGAAAUGGUGGCCAAGCGCUCCAGGCGGGGACAGGUCGUCAAAGCACGUGAGGCGGUACCUCAGGGCAUGCGAACGUCGAUCGCGGACAAGAAGGACGCAAAGGCUGGGAGUACCAACAAGGAAGUUAAGCAAGGGUCGGCGAAAGGUAGCGUGAAGAAGAAGAAGUCGCGGCAGACGCAGCCAGAAGAGGAUUAA